AUGCCUAAUCUAUUGUCGAGAAACCCAUUCCAUGGUCAUCAUAAUGACCAUCAUCAUGACCGUGAAAAUUCGUCUAAUAACCCGCCACAGUUGAUCAGAAGUUCUAAAUCUUUCUUAAACUUCAUUGGUAGAAAACAAAGUAAUGACUCACUAAGAAGCGAGAAAUCUACAGAUUCCAUGAAAUCUACCACAACCACUACAAAUUAUACUACAACAAACCUUAAUAACAACACCCAUAGCCAUUCUAAUGCAACCAGUAUCUCAACAAACAACUACAAUAAUAACUAUGAAACAAACCACCACCAUAAUAUUUCUCAUGGGCUCCAUGACUAUACUUCUCCCGCCUCUCCAAAACAAACCCACUCCAUGGCAGAAUUGAAAAGGUUUUUCAGACCUUCUGUAAAUAAAAAACUAUCUAUGUCUCAACUUCGUUCCAAGAAACAUAGCACCCAUUCCCCCCCACCUUCAAAAUCAACUUCUACAGUUAAUUUAAAUAAUCACUAUCGUGCCCAGCAUCCUCAUGGCUUUACAGACCACUAUGCUCAUACCCAGUCUGCUAUACCGCCAAGUACCGAUUCUAUCCUAUCUUUGUCCAAUAAUAUUAAUAUAUAUCACGAUGAUUGUAUUCUGGCUCAAAAAUACGGGAAAUUGGGUAAGUUAUUGGGUUCCGGUGCCGGUGGGUCCGUUAAAGUUCUUGUGAGACCAACUGAUGGUGCUACUUUUGCCGUCAAAGAAUUCAGACCAAGGAAACCGAAUGAGAGUGUGAAAGAAUAUGCCAAGAAGUGCACCGCAGAAUUUUGUAUUGGUUCGACUUUACAUCACCCAAAUGUUAUCGAAACUGUUGACGUUUUCUCUGAUUCUAAACAAAAUAAAUACUAUGAAGUUAUGGAGUACUGUCCGAUUGAUUUUUUUGCUGUUGUUAUGACAGGCAAGAUGUCUCGUGGCGAGAUCAACUGUUGCUUGAAGCAAUUGACUGAAGGUGUUAAAUAUUUACAUUCUAUGGGAUUGGCACAUAGAGAUUUGAAAUUGGAUAAUUGUGUCAUGACUUCCCAGGGUAUUUUGAAAUUAAUUGAUUUUGGUAGUGCUGUUGUGUUCAGAUAUCCUUUUGAAGAUGGCGUAACGAUGGCUCAUGGAAUCGUGGGUAGUGACCCUUACUUAGCGCCGGAAGUGAUUACCUCCACCAAAUCUUAUGAUCCUCAGUGCGUCGAUAUAUGGUCUAUUGGGAUCAUAUAUUGUUGUAUGGUGCUUAAAAGGUUUCCAUGGAAAGCCCCUAGAGAUUCUGACGAUAAUUUUAGAUUAUAUUGUAUGCCGGAUGAUAUAGAACACGACUAUGUUGAAUCUGCCAGGCAUCACGAAGAGUUACUGAAGGAAAGAAAAGAAAAGCGUCAAAGGUUUUUGAAUCACAGUGACUGUUCCGCCAUCAAUCAGCAACAACCAGCUCAUGAAUCAAACUUGAAAACAGUUCAAAAUCAAGUUCCAAAUACUCCAGCAUCUAUACAGGGUAAAAGCGAUAACAAACCAGACAUUGUGGAAGAAGAAACCGAAGAAAAUAAAGAAGAUGAUAGCAAUAAUGAUAAAGAAAGCACGCCAGAUAAUGACAAGGAAAGUACCAUCGAUAUUAAAAUAAGCAAAAAUGAGAAUAAAAGCACGGUAGUUUCAGCUAACCCAAAGAAAGUAGAUGCCGAUGCCGACGCUGAUUGCGAUGCUAAUGGUGACUCUAACGGCAGAGUGGAUUGCAAGGCUAACAGUGACUGCAAUGACAAAACGGAUUGUAAUGCUAACAAUGACUGCAGCAAUGAAUCGGAUUGUAACGCUAAAGUUGAUACUAACGUCAACACUGCUGCCAACGCUAACCCUGAUAUGGUUCCCCAAAACAAUCCACAACAACAACAACAACAACAACAACAACAACAACAACAACAACAACAACAACAACAACAACACCAUCAUCACCAGCAUCAAAAUCAAGACAAGGCCCAUAGUAUCGCUUCCGAUAAUAAAUCGAGUCAACAGCACAGAGGACCUCACCAUAAAAAAAUUAUUCAUGGCCCAUACCGUCUAUUACGUCUACUACCACAUGCUUCAAGACCUAUCAUGUCCCGUAUACUGCAAGUAGAUCCAAAGAAAAGAGCAACCUUAGAUGAUAUUUUUAAUGAUGAAUGGUUUGCCGCCAUUGCUGCCUGUACCAUGGAUUCAAAAAAUAAAGUUAUUAGAGCGCCUGGCCAUCACCAUACAUUGGUUAGGGAGGAAAAUGCUCACUUAGAGACCUACAAGGUUUAA